GAAAAGCCGGCGUGGUCUCUCUCACGCCUCUCUCUGCUCUCGCACUUCCGAUUCACGUCGCUCUUUUUCAGACGAGCAAGAUGGCUGAUCAGACCGAGCGUGCGUUCCAGAAGCAGCCCACGAUCUUUCUUAACCGUAAGAAAGGUCUGGGCCCGAAGCGCAGGAAGCCCAUGAGAUACAGCCGCAAUGUCGGGCUUGGUUUCAAAACGCCUCGCGAAGCUCUCGAGGGAACCUACAUUGACAAGAAAUGUCUCUUCACUGGCAAUGUAUCGAUUAGAGGACGGAUUCUCACUGGCGUUGUACAAAAGAUGAAGAUGCAACGUACUAUUGUUAUCCAGAGGGAUUAUUUGCAUUAUAUUAGAAAGUACAAUCGUUUUGAGAAGCGUCAUCGCAAUAUGAGUGUCCAUCUUAGUCCCUGUUUCAGGGAUGUUGAAAUUGGUGAUGUAGUCACUAUUGGAGAGUGCAGACCUCUGAGCAAGACAGUAAGAUUUAACGUAUUGAAGGUAUCGAAAGGAAUAGGAUCAAAGAAAAGCUUCAAGAAAUUCUAAACAUCUAACUUCUUUCCAACAAUGAAUCGUUUUUGGCAGAUUUCAAGAAUGAGGUAAGGAAAAAAUUGUAAAACAACCAAAUGUGACUAUACAAUCCUGUAUUGUAAUUCUCAUAUUCGAAAUCUGGCAAAAAGAAAAAAAGAAAAUUUCUAUAAAAAUAUUGGAA